AUGGCUUCAAACUUUUUAAGACAAAAUAUUGCACUUGUUCCAUUGCUUGUCGCAGCUAGUGGGGGAGUUGUCGUAGGUGCAGCAUACGGGAUUUACACACUAACAACAUGUCCUGAUGUGGUUUUAAAAAGAUUGGACGGACAACAACCUUGGAAUAAAAUCGAGCAACAUCAAAAUUAUAAACUUAUGACGAUCAAUAAAGAGUUUUUCAACGCUCGUAAAGAUAUAUUUUGA